CGACAAAGAAAAAAGUAAGGUUAUACUUUGAUAACCUCAAAGCUUUUCAAAGGUAUUUUUGGUUUUAUGUACGUUUUGCUAAAAAUGAGGACGUUGUGCUUAGUGUUUUCGAAAGCAACGAUUAGGACUACCAGUUUCCAACAGAUUCGCUGCUUACCCAGAUGGAAUCACAGGCGUCCUGUAAAAAUAAUCGCUAGUGAUGAAUAUGAUGAGGAAAGGGACACACAAAUAAAACCAAAACACCAUGAACACAAGAACGAAGAAGAAAUCAAAAGCCCCUCAAAAAUAAAUUGGAAUCCUCCAAAACCAGCUACUAAAAUACUGGAGGAAAUCAAGCAAGCUACUAAGCCAAAAGAAUAUAAAGUGAAAGCAAAUAUAAAACCUAUUACAAUUACAAAGAAGAAAACAGUCUCAAAAAAAGCUGGGUCUUUUGAUAUGCUAGAGACAAUAAUAGAUAAAGAUGGUAAUUUUAUAUAUACUAAGAUGGCAAAUAAUGACCCAAGGAUUUCAGCCAUUAUGGCUGCAGUCAAAUCUAAAAAAGAAAAGACCAAGAAAGACCUCAUCUUACUGGAAGGUAAACGUCUGAUCAAAGAAGCCCUUGAUGCAGGGUGUAAGCUAGAUUACAUAUUAUUCAGUAGAAUGGAUGAAUUAGAUCACAUCAGACCAUCUCUACCAAAAACAGGGGCAAAGUUGUAUAAAAUGCCUUAUAGAGAGAUGCAGCUUUGGUCAGACCUUGUUACAAAUCCUGGCAUUAUGGGAUUGUUCAAAAUACCAGAUGCUGAGGCUAUAAAAGUGCCUGAAGACACACUUCCUAUAACAGUUAUCUGUGAUAAUGUCCGUGAAGGGAACAACCUGGGGGCUAUAUUGAGGACAUGCAGUGGAGCAGGAACAAACCAGAUUAUCUUAACAAAAGGUUGUGUCAAUGUCUGGGACACCAAAGUACUCCGAAGUGCAUGUGGCGCCCACUUCAAACUUCACAUCGAACGCAAACAGGACUGGCCGGAUCUCAAGAAACUUAUUAAUCCAAACUCAUCUAUCUUCAUAGCUGAUAACCAAACUGUCACUAGUACUAACAGUAAAGAGGUGAUCAAUGCUAUCAGGUCCGUCCCAGUGCUGCCAUAUUAUAGUGUAGAUGUUACUACAGCUCAGCACAUAGUAUUGAUCAUAGGAGGGGAGACUGAAGGCAUUAGUGAGGAGUCUUAUCAGUUAGCAGCUGAGACAGGUGGCGUCAGAUUGAAUAUACCAUUGAGCAAUGACGUGGACAGUUUGAAUACAGGAAUGGCACUUGGUGUUAUACUAUUUGAAAUGAAAAAGCAGUUGGUGAUGUCAAAGUUUAGAGAUCGUGCAAACAUCGUAGAGAACCAAGAUCCUAAAUUGAGUAUUUCUAUUUAAACCUCCUCAGUUUACUUUCCAUAGUCUGUUUUUGUGCAGUAAAAGAUACGUGUAUUUUCUUUUGUAACUAUAUGUAUAUAAACUGUGAAUUUGUUAUGGUUCCAAAUUUGACUUCUGUAAUAAAAGCAUUUUACAAAAUA